UUCACAACACAGUCGAGCGUCAACUAAUGUUGACUUGUGUAAAAUGAGUUGAAUCGGGUCAACAUGGACUAGGCUAAAUGAGUUUGUUUAGUGUUUAAAAUCGCGUUUUCUGAAGUUCUCUCUUUUUUUUCUUUUGACUGCUGUGUUUGAAAACAGGAGAUAACCUGCUGUAAUUGUAGCAACACAAGCAUCUCUUUGACGCAUUGUUUGACAUCUCUUUACGUGAAAAGACUUUGUCUCAUGGCGGGUCUUUGGAGAUCUUAUCAAGCUCUGAUGGCCAAACAUCCAUGGAAGGUACAGAUUAUAACUGCUGGCUCUCUGGUGGGUGUGGGUGAUGUCAUCUCUCAGCAGUUGAUUGAGCGCCGCGGACUGGCCAAUCACAACGCAAGACGCACCGCCAAGAUGAUGAGCAUUGGCUUCUUCUUUGUCGGUCCGGUGGUCGGUGGAUGGUACAAGGUGCUGGACAAACUUGUUACAGGUGGUACUAAAAGUGCAGCUCUGAAGAAAAUGCUUGUUGACCAGGUGGGCUUUGCUCCGUGUUUCUUGGGUGCUUUUCUGGGAAUAACUGGAGCCCUCAAUGGACUGACUUUGGAGGAAAAUGUUGCCAAACUCAAGAGGGACUACACAGAUGCAUUGAUCUCCAAUUACUAUCUUUGGCCUCCGGUGCAGAUCGCCAAUUUUUAUUUCAUCCCUCUCCAUCACAGGUUGGCUGUAGUUCAGAUUGUGGCUGUUUUCUGGAACUCUUACCUCUCCUGGAAAGCCAACAAGAUGUGAAGAGAUGUCAGAGAAUUUACACUACCUCACUUUUGUUUUGUUUUAGGUUUUUUAUGAUCAUCUAAAACAAAACCGAAUAAAUGAAGUUUUACACA